AAUGGCGAGGCGGGCGAGAGCCAGCCAACCAGCGCCGCCCUUGCUGUUGCCUGGGCAACGGAGGCGAAGGCGACGGAGACGGAGACGGAGAAGGAAGGAAGGAAGGAGGGAAGGUCCGCGGGCCGGGUCGCCUCGUCGGGGAAAGGGAGAUCAUCUGGAGGUCUGUGGCAAACAGGAGGAUGAGAGAGCCCUGUGCCCGGCAGACUUACGAUGGAGACACGCUGCGGCGGCCUCUUGUUCAGCUCCAAGUUUGACUCCGGGAACUUGGCUCAUGUGGAGAAGGUGGAGCACCAGGAGGGGGACCUCGAUGUCGCGGUUAACGGCGGCAGCAGCAGCAGUGGCGGCAGCACCUCCGUGGUAUUCGGCAGCUCCCUCCCCUUCGCCGAUUAUGAGUUCAACGUCUGGACGAAGCCGGACUGCGGAGACACAGAAUAUGAGAAUGGAAACAGGUCCUGGUUCUACUUCAGCGUGCGCGGGGGACUGCCCGGCAAGGUCAUCAAGAUCCACAUUGUGAACAUGAACAAGCAGACCAAGCUCUACUCACAGGGAAUGGCCCCCCUGGUCAAGACCGUGCCUGCCAGGCCUCGCUGGGAGCGCGUUCGGGAGCGGCCGGCCUUUGAGAUGGUGGAGACCCAGUUUGUCCUCUCCUUUGUGCACCGCUUCCUGGACUGCCGUGGGGCCACCACCUACUUUGCCUUCUGCUACCCCUUCUCCUACACGGAGUGCCAGGAAAUGCUGGCCCAGCUGGACGCCCACUUUGCAGAGUGCAGGCACCUCUCUCCAAGCAGUGUCCAACAUUAUAGCACUGUGAGUCGGAAAGCAGGCACAGACCCUCGAAGGCAGGCGGAAGGGAAGCUGCGCCCCACCAUCCACCGAGGAAGGAAGUGUCCCCGGAGAGGACGCACCAGGGGCAGGAAAGAUGAGACCGGCCCAUCCAAGGGCGCACCCUCCCUGGAUUCCAUCUACUACCAUCGGGAAGUGCUGUGUUUCUCCCUGGACAAGCUCCGCGUGGAUCUGCUCACCAUCACCUCUCACCACGGCAUGCAGGAGGAGCGGGAGGCCCGGCUGGAGAAGCUCUUCCCGGACAAGAACACCCCCCGGCCCCACUGCUUCCUGGGCAAGAGGGUGUUCUUCCUCAGCAGCAGAGUCCAUCCCGGGGAGACGCCCUCGAGCUUCGUCUUCAACGGGUUCCUAGAGUUCAUCCUUCGGGAGGACGACCCUCGGGCCCAGAUGCUGCGCCGCAUGUUUGUCUUCAAGCUCAUCCCCAUGCUGAACCCAGACGGGGUGGUGCGGGGACACUACCGGACAGAUGCUCGGGGAGUGAACCUGAACCGCCAGUACUUGGACCCAGACGCAGAUCAGCACCCGGCCGUCUAUGGGGCCAAGGCGGUCAUGCUCUACCACCACGUCCACAACCGCGUCCAGCCCGGCGCCCCCGACUGGCGGACCUGCGCCACCGCCCUGGGCCCCAGGGCCUCCAACCAGCACACUUCCUGCAGCGAAGCCCCCAGCGAGGAGACUCCUCUCUCCCAGCUGGAGAAAGCCAACAAUCGCUGCAACUGCCCCAGAAGGGCCCGCACACCAUCUCCAGAGGCCUCAGAGGUCUCAGAGGGACCUGACCAGGACUCCUGGAUCCUCUCGGAUGAAGGACCACCCGAGGACUCUGAGAGCGAAGCCGAGAGCCUCCCCGCCCCGGAAGCCAUCCCACCGCAGCAAAGCGGCCUGGCCUACUACGUCGACCUGCACGGCCAUGCCUCCAAGCGCGGCUGCUUCAUGUAUGGGAACAACAUCUUGGAUGAGAACCAGCAGGUUGAAAACAUGCUGUUCCCUAAGCUCAUCUCGCUGAAUUCAGCCCACUUUGACUUUGGGGGCUGCAACUUCUCAGAGAAGAACAUGUACGCCAAAGACAAGCGGGAUGGACAGUCCAAGGAGGGCAGUGGGCGGGUGGCCAUCUACAAGGCCUUGGGCAUCAUCCACAGCUACACCUUGGAGUGCAAUUACAACACCGGGCGAUCUGUCAACACCAUCCCUGCAGCCUGCCACGACAACGGGCGGGCGACCCCUCCUCCUCUCCCGACCUUCCCCUCCAAAUACACUGUGGAGCUGUUUGAGCAGGUGGGGCGGGCCUUGGCCAUCGCGGCGCUGGACAUGGCGGAGUGCAACCCCUGGCCCCGCAUCGUCCUCUCAGAACACAGCUGCCUUAGCAACCUGCGCGCCUGGAUGCUGAAGCACGUGCGGAGCAUGAGGGGGGUGCUCGUCUGCGCCCGGCGGAAGGGCGCCAGGACCCCUCCGAAGGGGGCCAACGGCAUCUCGGCUUCCACCUCGGAGAACUCUCUCUGCCGGACCCGGAGCUACAGCAACGGGAGCAGCAGCAGCCAGCAGGCCUCCCCUCAGGUCAAGGCCUCCCCCAGCUUCACCUUCAGCUGCUCCCACCCCUCGGCCUCCUUGGGCACCCCCCAGAAAGGGGCCUCCCGGGUGCUGGCCCUGGUGCGAGAGCCACGGGUCCAGGAGAAGCGGCGCCACCAGCACCAGACCUUGCUGCGAGCGGCAGUGACCAGCCUGCAGGCCCCGUCGGGGCUCGCUUCCUCGGGCAGGACGGCCUCCCACCUCCAGCUGUCUCCCGGCCUGGGCGCCUGCACACUCCACAUGACAGGGCCCGGCUGCAACAGCCUCCUGGCCAAGGCGAGCCCUGCCUGCCAUGGGCUCCGGGAGGCAGAGCACCCCGCGGAGCUGAAGCCCCCUCCUCCCUGCGGCCUGGCCCUGCUCCAGAACAUUUCCAGGCGGCUGAACAGUGAGAAGCUAUCAGAUGCUUCCAGCCUGGAGAUCCUGAUGCCGCGGCCCAGCCGGAUCCCCAUCCGCAGGAAGCCGGCCGGGCAGACCCAGCACCUUGUCCAGCUCCAGAGCUGCAUGGAUGACUCUGCCCUCAAGGUCUGGAAACUGAACACCUCUCAGUUGCCAACACAGAGUUCCCUGCCAGAGUUCCCGCUGGAGGUGCCCGACCUGACAGUCGCGGGGCAGAGAGAGGAGCCUCUUUUUCUCUGCGACCCUCCCAAGGUUUUGCUGGACGAGGUACGGGGGCCCAGGAGCUUGGCCCAGCCGGCGGCGGCUGCUGCUGCUGCUUCCCUCUGCCGCCUCUUCCCUCCCCUCGAGCCCCCGACGCCCCUCGCCUGGAGGCAGCGGCAGCGGGAGAAGCUGAAGCCGCUGCAACGCCCUCAGCGCGGGAUCGGCAGCGGCCCCCCGCCCCCCUGAGCCCGAGGGCCAGCCCCGCCACGGUGGCGCCCUGAGCCCGCCCGCUCUCUCUGUUGCAGCAUCUCGCGGGGCAGGCAGACUCCCCGCAGCUCACCUACCACAAGAUCCUCUCCUUCUGCACCGAGGCCUGACUGGCCGGGAGGGGCAAGGGUGCGGCGGCCGGCCACCUCCGCCUCCACCUCCACGGGCACCGCCACCAGCAGCACCGCCCCGGAGCCAGAACCGGCCCCCCCUGCGGCGGCCCUGCGGACGACGGCGCCCUGCCCCUCCGCCUCCCCCCAGCGCCACCCUCCUCUUGGCCCCCUCCCGCGCCCCCAGCCCUGCCUCUUCAAGCCCAAGCGGCUCUUUGGGACCCCGGAGCCCCUGCUCCUGGCGCUUGGCUGCCUCCCCACGUUUAAGGCCCCCAGGCCCCCAACGUGCAGACCGCCUCCGAAGACACCCAAGGCCUGAAGGGGAGCGGCGGGGCGGCAGGGCCCUCACCCCUUCCUCGUUGCCCUCCUGGGGGGCCCGGCCCCGCAUCUCCUCUCUCUCGACUCUGUCCUGCCUCAAGGAUCCGACAGCUGCCUUCCUUUCUCUCCUGCCUGAGAUGCCGGGAGUCCGCCCGCCGGCCACUCUUGGGCAGCCUGCCUCCCGACCAGCAGCCUUGGGAAGUGGGGUUCGGGGGUUCACAACACGGCAAAGCAAGCCUGCCCAGCCCAGCCCUUCCC